CGAAAACUGGCGCACUAAUAACCGAUUUGACUAAAUGCGGCUGGUAAAGUGAAAAAAGAGAACAAUCAGAUGGACAGGAGGAAUCCAGUUUGCAAACCUCUGUUUGACCUUGAUGAGGUGUUGUCAUGGCAACCAGCUCAAGAUGAGUUUUGUGUAUCAAGUGUUGCUAGGCGACCAAGAAAGGAGCAAGAUGGGCCCAGAAUGCUUGUCUGUCAUGACAUGAGGGGAGGGUAUCUAGAAGACAGACUAGUACAAGGAUGUGGGAAACAGAACACAUACAGGUUCUUCCACUGGCAGUAUGUGGACACGUUUGUGUACUUCAGCCACUACUUUGUCACCAUCCCUCCCCCGGCAUGGACCAACGCAGGACACAGGAAUGGGGUUAAAGUACUCGGCACAGUUAUAACAGAAUGGGAUGAUGGGAAGGCUCGCUGUAAGAUAUUUCUGGAGACUGAGGAGAGCUACAAGGCAUUUGCUGACCAGCUUGUGAAGAUAGCUAAAUACUAUGGCUUUGAUGGCUGGCUUAUCAACAUUGAGAAUGUCAUUGAGACUGGAGCUGAGGUUGACCGUCUGUGUGAGUUUGUAUGUUACCUGACCACCGAGCAGCACCGAGUAUGUCCAGACUCUCUGGUUAUCUGGUACGACAGUGUGAUCACCACCGGCAAACUGGAAUGGCAAAAUGCCCUCAAUCAGCAUAACAAGCAGUUUUUUGAUGCCUGUGAUGGGAUAUUCCUCAACUACUGCUGGAAGGGAGAGGACCUGGAAGGCUCGAAAUCUUGUGCAGUAGAGUGUGACCGGCCAUACGAUGUGUUUGUUGGGGUGGAUGUGUAUGGGCGUGGAUGUCUCGGGGAUGGGGGAUGGAAUACUAUAGAGGCAGUUGAAGCAGCCCGAAAACAUGACCUGUCUGUGGCUCUGUUUGCAAACAGCUGGGUCUAUGAUAAACUGGGAGCAGAAAACUUCUCAAGCCAUGAAAACAGGUUCUGGGAGCUGCUAUCCCCCUUGUUACGUCCCUGUGUGUUCACCAGUCUACCAAUCGCUACCACGUUCUGCCAGGGAUAUGGCGAGAGGUUCUUUGACAAUGGAAUGCCGGUAGGAAACCCCUGGUGGAACAUAACAGUCCAGGAUCUCCAGCCCUGCUUCUGUCAAACCCACAGUGAUAAUCAGUCUGCAGAAAACCAGUCCAGCACUGGGACACAGUCUAUACUGCCUGGUUCUCAGCCAUUCAUGUCCGGAGCUGGGACACAGUCUGCAAUGCUGGGGACCAAACCAGGCUUACCUGGUGCAGGCAAUGGUGCCCAGCUCAUUGGAAAUCCUAUACCAACGAUAGGGACAGGGAAAUCUUUCUUGGGGGGCAGUCAAGAGUUUUGUGGCAAUGCAUUGCAGCAAAUGGAUGUGUGUACAGAUGACUGUUUUACAGGCGGAUCCUGUCUAAGAUUGACAGCUGAUGUUGUUAACACCAAAUUUGUAGAAUAUAAUUUAUUUGAGACGGCAGUAGAACUGAAGCAGUACACAUCUGUUUAUGUGUCCAUCACAUACAAGAUCCUCCAGGACCCUGAUUGUGACGUCUUUCUCGAACUUCACUUGCGACAUGACGAACAGUCCAUUGUGCUAGUUUUACUUCCGUUCCCCGACGGAGACAAACCAGUGCCUAAGUUUGGGAAGGAUACAGCAUGUAUGUAUGUACAUGCUCUUAAGCAGACAGAUCUCCCGAACCUGUUGUCUGUUUCCUCCCCCACGCAGAAUAACACACGCUGGAAAACUAGAUGGUUCCCUGUGUACAGCCUGUACCUGAAGUUCUGCCAGCUAACCAAGGUCAAGGUCGGGCUCACCACAACAGACCCCCAGCCCAAAAAAUGUAUAGCUCUCUUAGGAGAACUAAAGAUAAUUCCUGUGGACAGUUUACCAGAGAAGUUCCCCCAAGCUGGGUUUGUCUCAGUGAUCCCAGAUUCUAGUCCCGCCCAUCCACUUAUAGAGCCGGGGAAAAAUGACUUCAACAAGUCUGAGGAAGAGUCCGCACCGAAGGAGAUAUCAUGGGGAGAGGAUGCCUAUGGCAAUGUGAUCAAAAUCCCCUUUGAGGAGCUGGACAAUAUGCGGGUCUCGUGUCACACGCUGCGGGAAUUCCGUCCUGGCAUCGGCGGUCAACUAUGCGAGGUGCUGUACCAACUGAUAACCAGUCUAGACUGCUUCACACUGCACUGGGAACCUGAUUUACCCGAAUAUAUCGAUCAUUAUCGUGUCUACCAAAUCAAAAUCGAUUCAGGAGUCGCAAAACUGCUCGGUCACGUUACUGAGCCAUUUUUCAAGGUCACUUGGUUUGAGAUUCCCGAUUAUGAAAAGGACGAGGCAGUUCAUCAUUUCAAGUUUGUGAUACGGCCGGUGUUGAAAUGUGGCAUUGCCGUGCCUCUUGAUUACACUUACUGUAAACUCUUCCACAUUGCAUCUAAGAAGAGCACUGUCACUCUUGUACAAGAUUCCUGUACAGGAAUGUUGGAGCCAGCUAAAGAUCAGCAAAAAGAACUAGAAACUGAUGGACAGAACACUCUAAAACCAGAUGACGAACUUACAAAAGAAAAAGAAAUAAGUGAAAAUAAAGAGUCGCCAAAGAAAAAUCCGAGUGACAGUGAGAAUUGUGACAAAGAAGUUUGUGCAAAGAAAUAUGUGAGAAGUGAUUCUGAAGAGGUCAUACAGCCAAAGGAUAAUAUUACCAGCCUAACUGAAAAACUACAAAUUUCUGACUAAUAGGUUUUAGUUAGGGUGUCAUAGGGUUAGGCUGUUAUUGACUUUAUUUGUUUUACCAUUAUGCCAAAACAUUUGUGAUAGACUGAUAGUGCUGAUAGUGGUUGGCUUUUACAAUAUGUGCUCAUUUAAAAUCUUUAUAUAUCACGUACCGGUACACAUGAACAAUUCAAUCAUUCUACUUGAAAAUCCAUUGACACUUAGUGGUACUUAUACUAUUAAGAGUAUGCUGCUGUAAUCAGUAUAUUCUGUACAUAACCACAAUGUUUUGAUGCUUUAGGUCUGAGAGACCCAUGUCAUUCUUUUUUAUGUCUUUUAUGUGCAAUAAAUGUAUUUAUGACUCACUAACUACUGUUUUGUAGUCUAGGAUGAAUAAUCAGUAAAUAAAAAGCCUGCUCGCUUUAAUUGUGCCUUAAUUUGAAAAUACUUCAGCUGUAUCUUUUUCAAUCAUGUUUUUAUCAAUAUUUCAUAUGGUUCAUAAUUUCUAAGUGAUUGCGCUCAUGUGUCCACCAUUGAGAACUCCAGAUGAGUUCUGAAUUAAUAAUUCUAAUCUUCUGAGUCUUACGAGUGAACAUGACUUUAGGGGAAUAUAUGGCAUCACAGUUAGCAGUGAAGUUCAUGGCGUGUCAUUUGUAGACUGUCAAUGAUACUUUUAAUGUUAUUUCUAGUAUUUUAUGUUAAACAUAUUUGACACAAUGUUAUGACUGACAGAAAUGAAUGGUAAGAACCAGUUUUGAUUGUCGCAGUCCAUUUAAAAGGCAUUUGUUUAGAACAACAGUUGAAAUAAGUGUUUCCAUAAAAUGUUAUUAAGGGAGUUAUUUCACAGUUUACACAUAUGCAAUUGCUAGGACAGAGACAUUACAGCCAACACUAAGAAGUUUGGUAGUUACUUUUGCAUUGCUAAGUAAUAUUUGGCAUUGACUGGGUGUCUUAGUAUUACACCAAAUAUAACAUAGUACAUGUACUAGCAGCUGAGAAAGAACCAUCUUUUUUCACUUUUCAAAUAAUUUAAGCAGGAAGUUAAAAAAGUUCCGUUUUUGCUUCUUGUAUUUUAAGUUCUGAUUUAUAAUUGUUUGCUGAUAUUUUCUGUCCUAUAUCAGGGAAAUACAUGCAAUAUUUUCAUAUG